AAAAGAAAAUUGCAUUGUUUUAAUACUAAAAAGUGUUGAACUGUAGCCACGUAUUAUUCUGUUGUUAAUUAUAUGUUCCGAUCCAAUGAGAUGUGAGCAGAUUAGGUUCAUAUGGAGGCUGGAUUAACCUCCACCCGUACGAUAAUCCGCGCACCUUGCAGCUCCCUGUCCGGUCUGACACGACACUGACAGAUCCCUGGGCUGGACCUGGACCGCCUUUGAUAAGCAUCCUAUGGUAUUUUGUUCAAGAUGGCGGUGGCGAGCAUGGAAAAGGACGCGAUAAAUACCGAAGAUGAUCUUCACCUUAAUAACUCGUUUGGAGAUUCUGGGCUUAUCUCCCCUGUUAAAGAAGACAUCUCUCGUGUUCUGACAGUUCCUUUCAGUGGACGGAUCAGAGGUGGGAUGAAGCCUGGGAAGAAAAUUAUUAUAAUGGGCAUCAUUGAUCCAGAGCCAGACAGCUUUGACAUCAGUUUGACCUGUGGCCACAAUGAGGAGAAGAACGAUGAUGAAGAGCUCACUGAUGUGGCCCUUAAACUCAGCGCAAGAUUCACUGAAAGGCAGUUUCUGAGGAAUGCACGGGUUUCCGGUAAAUGGAGUGAGGAAGAGGCACCCAUAGCUUACUUCCCCUUCAUCCCAGACCAGCCUUUUAGGAUUGAGAUCCAUUGUGAGCACCAGCGUUUUAGGAUCUUUGUGGAUGGACACCAGCUGUUUGACUUUUAUCACAAAGUAAAGUCUUUGCCGGCCAUUAAUAUGAUCCGGAUAGUUGGGGGUCUUCAGAUCACCAAGCUGGGCUAACCAAGCACACCUGAGCACGCGCCAGAAAGGACUUCUCACAGGUGAACAUCUGCACCUGUGCGUUUGCCGCAGCUCACACAAAGACAUCAACAACAUUUCCAACAGCAUUUCCACUUCUCUUUUGCCCUCUAACCUCACAUUGUAAUGAUUUCUGAGUAUUGUAUCAUAACAGGUUUGGUGAAUGGUUGCAAUAUCAGAUGUGUGUUUUCCAGUAUCUUUGCUUCACAUUGUAGCUUAGCCUAUUUGUUUAACUUCAAUACUUUUUCAGGGAUCGCACACUUUGAUAUGCACUCUGUGGCAGUAACAUACAGUACGCCACUGGGAUUUAGCUGCUCUCCAUAGACACUGCCAGUGUGCUUGUGCUUGUAGUCUAGCAGUGUAGGUUCGAAAUGAUCCAAAACUCAGGAUAUCAGAUAAAGUUGAUUUUACUUCAUUUCACUCGGGUGAUAAAUUUGCUUUAAAUUAUUACGAGUUACUCUGAAAUGCUUUGGCUGCUAGAAUAUAGGAGCUCAGAUUCCACAUUUGCUGUUCCACCUGGGUUUUAUUUGUGUUAUUUAAUCUGAAUAAUUAAAAUAUUUUGGAAGGAAGAAGUUAUUUUAUCUCCAAAUUGUGUAGCGGGGUGUAUGGUAGACAUUUGAAUAGCAUACCUUUCCUGUCUCUGUUCAUUGCAGCUACUCAUUUUGGUAGAUCUAGAAUAUAUUACACUGAAAUUCUGUAGAAUGUCACCAUGAGGGUUAUUUAAUUUGAGGUUGAGGAAGUUUUUAAUUUUUGGAAAUUUGAUCAUCCAGUCAUUAUCUUCCAAGCCAGCACAGUAUUUAAUUACAACAGCGUAAUGUUAAAUCCUUGGCAACCAAACCAACACAGAUGUUUAAUUGCAUUGUUUUCUGUGAGGAAUGACUUCAGUGCAGCAAUUUUGCAAAAAAUAAAUUUGCUUAUCUGUUUACGCUUUAUUAUGAGCACCUCGUAAAAGUUGAAGGAGCAGAUAUAACAGGGCUGAAUUGUUUCUUGAAUGUACUGUCCUCCGCUGAUAGGCUUCAUAAUAGCUUAGCUGUGGGUGUAAAGUGAGCAUCUUUAAAAAAAAAAAAUCUAUUAUUCUCUCCUCCUCCUUCAUACUCCUAAUGUCACUCCUCUAAAUAUAUAAACACAUAGUCAGUGGUCAGCAUGUUUCUGUAUUCAGCAGUGAUUUUGCUGAGAUCCUCUGCCCUGUACACCCACAAUGCUGUCCACUCGGUUGUCUUCUGCUCAACUUCCACUUGUAGGAUUGGAUUAGUAUGAUAGCAGUGAUUAUUAUUGCUACUUAUUACAUUACAAUAUCCAAAAAACAAUUCUUGAUUUGCAUUAAUGUGUUCACUAUCAUUCAAAAGUUUGAGGUCGGUAAGAAUUUUUGAAAGAAAAGUUUUCGAAAGGCGUCUCUCAUCAAGACUGCAUUUAUUUAAAAAAAAAAAAAAAAAAAAUUAUUUUAAAAUGUAGUUUAUUCCUAUGAUGGCAAAGCUGAGUUUUCACUCUGGUCUUCAGUGUCACAUGAUCAUUCAGAAAUCAUUCUGAUAUGCUGAUUUGAUGCUCAAGAAACAUUUAUUUUUAUCAAAAUUAAAUAACUUUAUUGUGAAAACUAAGUGGUAUUAAUUUCUUUAAAACAACAACAACAACAACAACAAAAAAAAAACUUACUUACUGACCUUUACAUUUUGAAUGGUGUUUAUGUAGUACUACUGUCACAUCAACUAUUGUGUGGAUGAAUGUACACUGUUCUGUAGUGAAAGAGUCAGCAAUGCUUCUCAUUAGUCAAUAUUACUGUAUAUUCAGGAUUAUGGUCACUAUUGUAAUAUUUUUCUAAAACUAUACUUCUAGUAGUCAGUCUGUAUCCUGGAACACAUGGAAACAGAGGCAGUGAAAAAAUGAAGUUGAAGGACUGCUGUUUUGUCUGCUUUACUGGUCGAUCUACUUGACUGAAUUUGACUGAAUGAAAUAAUGCUAUUAUACGCCAGAGAGUACUUAACACCAGCCAAAGACAUUUGCCCACAUCAGCGUCUGGUCAACAUUGAAAUCAGAAUAUUUAUUGAGUGCAAUAUUAAAGAUCCUUAAUCUGUUGAGAAGGUACUCCUGACAGAAAACUCCAGCUAAAUAAAGUAUUGAACAUUUAAUGUGAAGUAGGUCAUUUUUUUUUUGUACUUGGCUGAUUUUCUCUGCAGUUGUUUGUGCCUCAAACUCGUGCAGAGAUCGUUUAAUCGAGACAGAAUCGGUACGGCAGCACAAGCAAUAUGGUCCUUGACCACACACCCAUCUGACAUGUCGUGGCAAACGCACUUUGAUAUUACAUGCUUAGGCUUAGCAAAUGAAACAUGGUCAUCUGGACCAAUAUGAUCCACUUAACAGUAUUGCUAUUUAACUGCUAAAUCUGUUGUGAGUUGUGAGCUUCAUGCUGUGUGGUGAUGUUUUAACGUUUAAACACUGACCAUUAUUUAUUUAGUGUCUGAACAAUGAGUGUGUGAAAUUACACCUGGAUAACUGAAAAAUGGGGAGGGAGAAUAUGUAUUCACAAAAAUAACAGGUGAAGAAAGAACACACAAGGAGAGAAUGUCAAUAGAGUUGAUUGAUUAAAGUUGACUAAGCUGUGCUUUAAGAAACCUUAGUAUAAUAAUAGAUUUUGUUAAUGUAUUUGGCAGACGCUGUUAUCCAAAGUGACCUACAGUUCAUUGAAGUUUUAACAAACAUGCAUUUCUCCCCAUGAUCCUGAUAAUAUUCCCAAUUACUGAUACCAGGUUUAAUGCUUCCAUCUUUAUUCCUCUUUCUUGUCUUGUAACUCAGAAUUUACAAUCUUUCAAACUGGUUCACAUUUAUGAGGGUUAAAAAUGAAUGUCCUGGUUGUAAACCAUUGUUCUGAAGCCUUCGAACUUUGGAUGUAAAUAUACUAAACAGGGCCUCUGUAUGCUUCUUUUUUUUAUUUUUUUUAUUUUUAUUUUUUGCUACUGCAAUAAUGUCUUGACACUAAAGAGAGUGUUUGUAUGGUGUAUGUGAAAUUUAGUCUGAGUUUUCACUGGUUUCCAGUUCAUCAACAUUUUAGUUGAUUUCUUUAGACUCUAGGUAGCAUGGUAUGUGUCUUUUGCCUUUUUUUUUUGAUUUUCAGAGCUUUGCUUUUAGAGCUUAAUAUGUCAGUUCUUUUAUUUAAAGAGACUAUUUCAGAUGUGUUUAUAUAUUACUAAAGUGGCCCAUUACUUAGAGUUAGUUUGUGAUGUUGGAUGUAGUUGCACAAUUAUUUUCAUGAAUUAAAACCUGAGUUGGUUCAGUGUGCUUUUGAAACUUGGUAUUGAUCAGAAAUGUGCCUAUUGAAAUAUGGUAUUGGUGUUUGGGAUCUAAAAUUGUGUUCUUACUAAUGACUUACACCAAGAGACUUUAAUUUUGAGUUGCACUUUUCAAAGUAAUUUUUUCUGUAAUGCACUUCAUGUGUGAUUGAAGCAUAGAAACGAAUCAAAAACAUACAAUAAAUUCAUAAUUUGCCAAGGUAUGAAAUGUUUGUCAUACAGAAUCCCAAAAUACUUCAAUAUGUAUGGUACAACUAAAGAGUAGAAUUUGGGUGAAUAAAAGUAUGUGUGAAUAAAAUUGUGCAUUAAAAAUA